UUGGAGCCGGUGCAAAGCGGCGGGGGUGGGGGGCAUUUGGAGCAACUGCCCCUUGCAAGGCGGGGGGGGGGGGGCGAGCCAACACGGAAGCUGUAGCUCCAGCCCCCGCCGGAGGAGAAGCGGGACCCUCCCCCGAAGCCGAUCUCUUUGCAAGGGAAACGGGCGAAGUCCCCCGAAGAAGCGCAAAAAGAGAGCGCGCGCUCUGCCUCUUCCCCCCAGCCCCGGAGCUUUUGCAGAAACGGGGAGGGCAAACCGAGCUUUUUUUGCAGCUUCUCCAGCUGGAAGGCACCUCCUGGAGCGGAGGAGGAGGAGGAGAGGAGGAGGAGGAAGAAGAGCCCCCGGAGGGGAAAAGGCUGGGCAGGACAAGAAGAGCCGCCCGGAACCGGGGGGUGAAUCUCCCCGAGGUCCGCCCGGGGUCCCCAGACAACAGGCUGGCUGGCAUGCGCCCGCCCGGAGGCGUCCCUUUGGCCGGGCUGCGCGCAAGAUCCCACGGCGGGGAGGUGGAUCCCUCGCCGGGGAUCCCAUAAGGUGGCACGCUUGUUCGGAGGGCUUCUUCGCACUGUUUUCGGCUCCUCCUCUCCUGGGAGAUUCAGCGCCAGGCACCGGCCAGUGCCUCCUUUCAUGUGGAUUUCCCUGUACUUGGCACAUGAAGACUCCACAACCAACAGAUCAUCAUCUGAGGUCACUGUGGCAUACAGAAGAUGGUGGGACUUCUCAAGAAGCUACUUGGACCCUAACGGCACCAUAAGAACAAAGAGAAGAGCCAUGGGAAUAGUUUGGCUGUGGGUGGCCUGCCUUCUUGGCCUGGCAACUUCUCUAGAAGAAAUUAUUUUGGAUACGACGGGGGAAACAUCUGAGAUUGGCUGGAUUGCCCAUCCCCCUGACGGGUGGGAUGAGGUGAGCGUAUUGGAUGACAAGAAGCACCUGAUCCGUACCUUUGAGGUGUGCAACGUUGGGGAUCCAGGCCAGAACAACUGGCUCCGCACGCAUUUCAUAGAACGCCGAGGUGCUCGCCGGGCCCACAUCCGCCUCCGCUUUUCUGUACGCGACUGUGGCAGCAUGAGGAACGUGGCCUCUUCCUGCAAGGAGACCUUCACGCUUUACUAUCACGAAGCGGAGGCUGAUGUCGCCACUCUGGAGUACCCCGAGUGGCGUGAGGGACCAUGGACCAAAGUGGAUACAAUUGCAGCUGAUGAGAGCUUCUCACAGGUGGAUAGCACUGGGAAAGUGGUGAAGAUGAACGUGAAGGUGCGCAACUUUGGGCCACUCUCCAAGCCAGGUUUCUACUUAGCCUUCCAAGACUCGGGGGCAUGUAUGUCCUUGGUGGCAGUCCAGGUCUUCUUUUACAAGUGCCCAGCUGUGGUGAAAGGAUUUGCCUCCUUCCCAGAGACGUUUGCAGGAGGGGAAAGGACGUCAUUGGUAGAGGCCCUGGGGACCUGUGUGGCUGAUGCAGAGGAGGCGACCACCACCGGCUCCUCUGGGGUGCGGUUGCAUUGCAACGGGGAAGGCGAGUGGAUGGUGGCCAUCGGCAGAUGCGCUUGCCGGGCUGGCUAUGAGCCUGCGGAUGAAGAGAGAGUCUGCAAAGCUUGCACUGCUGGUACCUUCAAGGCAUCUGUGGGAGAUGCCUUCUGCAGUCCGUGUCCUGCCCACAGCUAUUCUUCCAUGCCAGGCUCCACCGAAUGUGCCUGCCUGGCCCGAUACUACCGUUCGUCUUCGGACACCUCCGAUGCCCCCUGUACCAGUACCCCCUCAGCCCCACGUGACCUUAGCUAUGAGAUUCUUGGCUCCAACGUCCUCUUGACCUGGCGUCUCCCCAAGGACCUGGGUGGCCGAAAGGAUGUUUUUUUCAACGUCAUUUGCAAAGUGUGCCCGACGGGAUCCCCGGGACCUUGCGUUCGUUGCGGGGACAGCGUCCAGUUUGAACCACGCCAGGUGGGGCUGACAGAGAGCCGAGUGCAAGUCUCCAACCUCCUGGCCCGUGUGCAGUACACCUUUGAGAUUCAGUCUGUAAACCUGGUGACCGAAUUGAGCCCAGACACCCCCCAGUAUGCUUCCAUCAACGUUAGCACCAGCCAAUCAGUCCCUUCUGCUGUUCCCAUGAUGCAUCUGGUGAGCCGCACGAUUAGCAGCAUCACCUUGUCUUGGCCUCAGCCAGACCAGCCGAACGGAAUCAUCUUGGACUACCAGUUACGCUAUUUCGACAAGUCAGAAGAUGAGGACAACUCUUUCACGGUAACCAGUGAGACGAAUAUGGCCACCAUCUCCAACCUGAGCCCAGGAAAGAUAUAUGCCUUCCAAGUACGAGCCCGGACAGCAGUGGGUUAUGGGUCCUACAGUGGAAAGAUGUAUUUCCAGACUCUGAUAGGAAGUGAGCGCUCUGUGAUGGUGCAGGACCGACUGCCACUGAUUGUGGGUUCAGCUCUUGGGGGUCUCGCCUUCCUGGUCAUUGCUGCCAUUGCUAUCCUUGCCAUUGUCUUCAAAAGUAAGCGGCGAGAGACUCCCUAUACAGAUCGCUUGCAGCAGUACAUCACCACCAGGGGCCUUGGAGUCAAAUACUACAUUGAUCCCUCCACCUACGAAGAUCCCAAUGAAGCUAUUCGGGAAUUUGCGAAGGAAAUCGAUGUGUCUUUUGUCAAGAUUGAGGAGGUCAUUGGAUCAGGAGAAUUCGGAGAAGUAUGUUUUGGACGCCUGAAGCCUCCAGGAAAACGGGAAUACACUGUGGCUAUUAAGACCCUGAAGGCAGGCUACACAGACGAGCAGCGUCGGGAAUUCCUGAGCGAGGCUAGCAUCAUGGGACAGUUUGAGCACCCAAACGUCAUCCGCCUGGAGGGUGUGGUCACCAAGAGCCGCCCUGUUAUGAUCGUCACAGAAUUCAUGGAGAACGGGUCUCUGGAUUCCUUCCUCCGGCAAAAAGAAGGGCAAUUCAGUGUAUUGCAGCUGGUAGGAAUGCUGCGGGGGAUAGCAGCUGGCAUGCGGUACCUUUCAGACAUGAAUUAUGUCCACCGGGAUUUGGCUGCCCGAAAUAUCCUGGUCAACAGCAACCUAGUUUGCAAGGUGUCUGAUUUUGGAUUGUCGAGGUUCUUGGAGGAUGAUGCAUCGAAUCCCACUUACACAGGAGCCUUGGGUGGCAAGAUCCCGAUUCGCUGGACGGCCCCAGAAGCUAUCCAGUAUCGCAAAUUCACAUCCUCAAGUGACGUCUGGAGCUACGGCAUUGUGAUGUGGGAGGUCAUGUCUUAUGGCGAAAGACCCUAUUGGGACAUGUCGAAUCAAGAUGUUAUUAAUGCUAUUGACCAGGACUAUCGGCUGCCACCUCCUCCGGACUGCCCUACUGUCUUGCACCUCCUAAUGCUGGACUGUUGGCAGAAGGAACGAGUCCAGAGGCCCAAAUUUGAGCAGAUUGUUAAUGCCUUGGACAAGAUGAUCCGCAAGCCAUCUGCCCUCAAAGCCACCGGCACAGGCAACAGCAGGCCAUCCCAGCACCUGCUGAGCAACUCGCCCCCUGACUUCCCGUCCCUCACCAACGCCCACGAGUGGCUGGAUGCCAUUAAAAUGGAUCGCUACAAGGAGAACUUUGACCAGGCUGGCCUGACAACCUUUGACGUCAUCUCCCGCAUGACUUUAGAAGACAUCCAGCGCAUUGGCAUCAGCCUGGUUGGCCAUCAGAAGAAGAUCCUCAACAGUAUCCAGCUCAUGCGGGUCCACCUCAAUCAGCUCGAACCUGUUGAGGUCUGACACACGGAGCAUCCUUUGGAGCCCCUUAAAGGACCCGGAGAUUAAACAAACCUUUUGUUAUAAAAGGGAACCAAGGCAGCCAUUGCCAGAAAAGUCAGGCAUCCGUAUGAGGGUGCAAGAACUGCUACACUCUGCAUCACUGAACAGAGCCCUUCAAGGCUUUGCGGACUGUUUUUUUUAAAAAAAAAAUAACUUGAGACACUACAAAAUCUGCAGCAUUUAGAUUUGGGUGGACUUGUACAUUGGGGUGGGGUGGGAGUUAUUACACAGGGUUGAACUGGAAAGAUAGCUUUGGAGAUAGACAUCUACGUGCUGCCCCUUCCAUGCCGAUAUGUAGGUUUUGACCCCUUGCAGACAUGUCGGUGGAUACGCAGUUAGGGCCAGAAGCCUCUCAGAGCCAUCGCCUGCGCUGUGCAUUGGGCCAAACUGAGUUCAGAAAGCUGGCAGCCAUGCACUGCCGAAAGAAUCCUAAAGCUGGAGCUUUUUUAAGGGGAGAAACAGAAGUGAGUGCGACCCCCCAUUCACGUGGUUGUGGCAGAGGCCUUGGAUUCUGAGGCCCGUUCCGCUAUACGUUUGUUGUGCAGAAAGACCCUAAGUAGCAGACUUCAGGGGCUUUAAAAAGUGGCAAAGUGGGAGGCGAACCAGGAUGUGGAUUAGAAAGGAAGAGUUGCCACUUGGACUUCAUGCCAUAGGAACCAAAACAUUUUGGAUGGAAACAGGUUUUUUCUUGGCCUCAUAAGGGCAGAGGGAUGGUGGCUUCCUAGAUAACAUGAAAGCAUACAAAUAAGUGUGCUGCUGUUUUUCCCGAUGGUUGCCAACAAGGCAGGUCAGUUUUGUUCCGAACCUGGUUUGGAAGGAGAUUUCGUGGAUCUUGAAUCCAAAUCCUUGUGGGCAGGCAAGAGGAAUGGAGCGCUUCUCACGGUGAACGGAUACAAAGUCUAUUUUGAGAGCACAGGGUUACUUCUUUUGCAGUUUCCAAGUGGCUAUUCAGAUCACAGGAAAUGAAAUAAAACAUUUGUUGGCGAAA